AUGGCAUCUUUUAAGUUUCCAACAAUACACAAGUUCCCACCUUUUUACAGUUUUCAGCCCACACAGUCGACAUGGCAGCACCAGGUGGCUCAUUGGUCGCGAAUUAUUUUAUUAUAUUUUCGACAUUAUCGGUUAUAUAGACUCGAGUUAUCAGAAUCACUAAAUAGUGAACUUUUUUAUAAUAAGACUAUAAAGCGCCGUUUAAAUCUCGAGACGCUCCAAGCAAUAAUUAGUGAAAUGGUCAAAGAAGGCACAGCAGAAUGGGAUCCGCCAAAUAAAAAAAUAUCUGCAAUAAUAUAUUGGCGGAAACCAGAAGAAUGGGCAACAUUAAUUUAUAAUUGGGUCUUUGAUAAUGGGAUGACAAAUUCUAUAUUAACAUUAUAUGAGAUUGCACACGGAGAGAUUACAGAGGGUUUAGGUAUUUAUGCGUAUCAAAGUGUGCUUCUGAAAGCAUUGGAUGUGCUAGUGAAACGAGGGCAGGCACAAGUGUUUCAAGGGACGAGCGCUGAUGAUAUGGGUGUUAAAUUUUUGGUGUGA